CUCAGCAAGUUGGAGAUCCUAGACCUGUCGAACAAUCGCAUCAGGGUUCUUCCGCCACUCUUGCUCCGUCCCCUGCAUGCGAUAGAAACGCUCUACCUGGAAAGAAACCAGGUGGGGAAGUAGCAACAAGACUGCACUAGACAUGCGAGAGAUCUUUCAUUGCUGUGUUCGCUCCCCAGAUCAGAGAGCUCCCAGACGAUUGGUUCAGCCCGAAGGAAGACGUCCCCUACCUGUACCUUUCUGCCAAUCCGUGGGCGUGUUUCUGUCACCUGAUGUACCUCCACACAUACUUACAAGCCAACUUCUUCACUUUCUACGUGCACGACGGCGAGACUCUUUCCUCAGAGCCCAAAAGUUUGGUGUGCGACUCGCCUCAGCAGUUCAAAGGUCUAGCCAUCAUGGAUUUGAACCAGGGUGACUUGUGCCCAUUUGUGGGAUCGACACGCAUGUCCCCGACCUUACUGCCACUCAUACAAACUAGUAGGAUGACUGAGGCUCCAGAGGAAAUUGAAGUCGGUAGAGGCGACGGGGCCGUCGUCCUGCAUCGCACACAGACCGUUUCCGGGGCAUUUGACAGCUUUGGCAUGACCACAACGCCGUCACAUCCUAGAACUUCGACAACACCACUUCCUGUGACUGUAUCUCAUCCUACAUCUUCAACUGCGCCACUUUCUCCAAUUCCACUUCCUGCCACUCUCCCACUUGCGACGUCCGCCACUUCUGAGGUCCCGUGGACGGCGUCCGCCAGCUCUGAGGUCCCGUGGACGGCGUCCGCCAGCUCUGAGGUCCCGUGGACGACGUCCGCCAGCUCUGAGGUCCCGUGGACGUGGGGCACGGACAAGGGUGACGGCGCACUCCUCCGGCACGCGCCUGGAGCCGGCGUGUUUUGUGAGUGGUUGUUGGCUGGCAACGUGUGUUUGUGUGUACUGGCGACAGCCAGUACCCUUGUGACUCUCUUGAGAUUGGCAGUCUGGUACAGGGGUGCAUACAAGCUGCUGAGCGUCACAUUGGCAAGGAGGGCUGGCGCCCGGGAGGUGAGGCUUUGCGGCAACAGGGAAGUAGUUUAUCGUUCAGUCCUCUUUGUGAGUUCCCGAGGGGCGGAGGGGGUCAAAGGUGGCCCCGUGUACAAGACGACCCUGCACCGCGAGCCCGGGACACAGAUUGCGCUGCAGCAGUGGAGCGAUGUGAUGGACGAAGGUGAGGGCGGCGCAGCAUGGAGGCAACGCUUCAGCGUGCUUCUGCGCCAGGAGAGGGAGGGACCAGGUGGUGGGAGGGAGGAGCGAGAAUGGGUGGUGGGCGCGUGGCUGGCACAACACCUACCCACCGUGACACCCGACAGCUUGCCGGCCCCGUGAUGUCAUCUCUACUUUGUUGAAGUAAAAUAAAAAAAAACACAGAACAAUUACUUUACGUAACUCAAGUGGUAUUGACAUUGACCUCCAAAGCCGUAUGCCCUACUCUUUAUUAAAUGUAACUAUUAUUUGUGGUUGAAAAAAAACAACAACUUUAAGGGUUCAAAUCCUAAAAAUUUGUGACUACUUUAUCAUUUUGAUUCAAGAUGAAGUUGAUUGUCAAACAAAAACAAAUUAUACGUAUAAAACAUUGGCGUAUGAUGAUUCUUUCACAGUUUUGAGGAGGGCACAAGGUUUAGAGCCAACUUCAAAACAGCCCAGAUUAAUUUCGACAUUGUACAGGCAUUUUAGCUGUGGAAAUAAAACCAUUAUUUCA